AGCUGAGACGCCGUUACUGGGAGUCAGAUCUCUGCUGAAAAACACACGUUUGGAGGAUUUUAAUCAGACAGUUCAAGAGACACUAAUUUGGUGACUUAAAAAUGCUGAAAGAUCAAAUUGCUGAGAGAGCUCUUCUUGGAAAUUACCUGAGCUGCCAUGUGUGUUCAGAGACUUUCAGAGAUCCUGUGUCUCUGAGCUGCAGCCACAACUUCUGUUCAAGCUGCCUGCAGAAAUUCUGGGAACAAACUAAAAACACAAACUGUCCCAUUUGUAAGAGAAAGUCUUCAAAGGAUCGUCCUCAUGUCAACUUUGCACUGAAAGAACUUGCUGAUUCAUUUUCUGGAAGAGAGAAAUCUGGAUCAUCUGAGACAGAAAAAGGAGAGAAGAAAUUAACAGUGGUGUGCAGUAAACAUGAGGAAGAGCCUAAACUGUUCUGUGUGGACGAGCAGAGAGCUGUGUGUACUGUCUGUGACUUUCCUCACCAGCAGAGUCACAAAGUGGUUCCUGUAGAAGAAGCAGUCAGUGACCUGAAGGAGCAGCUGAAAUCUGACUUAAAGUCUCUGCAGGACAAGAGGAACAAAUACAAACAAGUGGAGAAAACAUACAAUGACAUGAUUCAACACUCCAAGAAGCAGCUGUUGUCCACAGAGAGGCAGAUCAGAGCAGAGUUCAACAAGCUCCAGCAGUUCCUGAAAGAGGAAGAGGAGUCCAGACUGGCAGCUCUGAGGGAGGAAGAGGAGCAGAAGGGGAGGACUAUCAGCAGAGAGAUGAAGAUGAUUGAGGAGCAGAUCCCCUCUCUGUCAGACAGCAUCUCUGCUGUUGAAGAAGAGCUGCAGAAACACAGCGUGCCAUUCCUCAGCAGUUAUAAAGACACUCAGAGCAGAGCCCAGAGCUCAGUGUCAGAUCCACAGCUGGUCUCAGGAGCACUGAUAGAUGUGGCCAAACACCUGGGCAACCUGUCCUUCAGAGUGUGGGAGAAGAUGAAGGAGAAGGUCCACUUCAGUCCUGUCAUUCUGGACCCAAACACUGCAAACUGCUGUCUCUAUCUGUCUGAUGAUCUGACCAGCGUGAGACAUGGAGACACAGAGCAGCAGCUUCCUGAUAAUCCAGAGAGAAACACUAAUUAUGUCACU